UUUUAGUUAUUUCAGUUAUUUCACAUCGCGGUUAAUGAGCGAAAAUUUUCAACAACAAAAAAAACAUGUUCCGAGAUUCUUUUUCAACAAUUUCGACCGAUAGAUCAAGUAUUAAUGGAUUAUAUGAUGAUGAUAUACGAUUAUCUAAAUCGUUAGCAUUCGAAAAAGGUGAUAUUUUGGUCACUUGUCGUCCAUUUAUUCAUAUUAUUGCCGAUUCAUGGCGUGGUAAAAUUUGUGAUCUUUGUCUUCGACAGCCAACUAGUUCAUAUAAUCUUAAUGUUUGUCGUGAUUGUAAACAAAUUCAUUUCUGUCGAUCAUGUCAACAAUUACGAUCACCAAGUAUAUUUAAAAAUGUUCAUAAUCUUGAAUGUCCAUUGUUGAAGAAAUAUGCACACAUUCUUUCCAGUUCUUCACGAUUAUUUAUACGUCUUUAUCUUCGUAUCAAAAAUCCUGAAUCAAUACAUUUUCAACCAAUAUUAAAUCCAUUAACACAAGAACCGAUCAAUUUCGAACAUUUAGAUAAGACUAUCAUAAUCGAAUGUAAUGAACUUGCUCAACGUAUAGAAUUAUGUUAUGAAAAAUUUGCCAAUAAACCGGAUGAUAAUGAUAAACAAUCUGGACAGUCAUUAACUGCUGAUAUGACAACAGAAGAAUUUGCAUUAUUACAAUUUAUUGAAUUACUUGAUGAAUUACGUCUUUGUACUGAUGCUUCUGCCGAUAAUGAUAAUGAAAUUUCGGCUAUGAUUUCUGAUGAUGAUAAAAUAUUUGAAUUAUGGGAAAUAUUUGUUCGUCUUUGGUCAUAUGCUGUACCGAUUUAUGAUGAAACAUUGGCCGGAUUAUUUUCAAAAGAUGCUAUCGCUUAUGGAUUAUAUCUUGAACCAAGCCUAAUUAGUAGUGGACAUUCUUGCAUUCCGAAUUGUUCAUUUAUACAUUAUGGGCCUGUAAUUCAAUUACGAUCAAUGAAAUCAAUUGAAAAUGAUGAACAAUUAUCAAUUAAUUAUGUUGAUAUUUCAUUAUCACGUAUUGAACGUUUAAAACAAUUACGUAAUUAUUAUAUUGAUGAUUGUGACUGUAUACGUUGUUCGGAACAAGAACAAAAUGAUGGUCAUGAUAUGAUCGAUAUAGAACUUUUUCAUUCAUUACAACAAGAAUUUAUUACACAAUUUCAAGAUGAAUUUUUUGAUUCUGGUCAACAAAAUCAUAGUUUUCUAAAUUUUAGUACCACUUCGAAUAUUGAUGAUGAAGAUAAAAUUUUGUUGCAGGAAAAAUGUUUGAAAAUGUCACAAUUAGCUAGACGAUUAGAUGAACAAUAUCAACAGCUAUAUCUUUUUGAACAUCCAGAAAAGUCGCGAUUUUUAUUUGCAUUUAUGGCUAUCGAAAUGAAUUUAUUAUUAUUCAAACUAGAAUUUCGUGAACAAUUACAAAAUAUGAAUUUAUUAAACUAUACAUUGGAUGAUGAUGAAUCGAAUGGAUUACGAAACAAAAGUCGUGAAAGUGGUAGUAUAACAACAUUGGAUACAAUUAUUAUCGAUAUAAAAUAUUGGUCCGAAUUAUUGAAACGUACAGUACGAUCAAUUCGUAUUACACAUGGUAUUGAUCAUCGUUUAUAUCGUGAAUAUCGUAUACCAAUAUUAAAUAUAUGGUAUAAAACAUUGCCAAAAUCAUUAACAUUAGAACGAUUAUAUCAAGAUCCUGGUAUAUUAAUAUCAAGUUCAUUAUCACAACAUACAUCAUUUUCAAAAGAAUUUCUUGGUGAACAAUUUGAACUAAUUAAAGGACAAUUUUCAAGACUUUUCAACGACAAACAACAACAAGAAACCACCAUCAUCAAACAGAAUGAUAAAUCAAUUAAUGAUAAUUAUAAAAUACUUUUCCGUUUUUUACUUGUCACAUUUGCAUUAUUGUUUCCAUUUUUUAUCUAUUUUACCAUGUAUUUACAGAAUUCGGAUUUUUAAAUCACAAACUUGUUUUUGACAUUAAUUAUUUUUUUUAGAACAGAAAAAUGUUAUUAUUAGAUCACACACACACACACAAACAAAUGAAUUCAAAAAUCACCAUUAUAGUUAAAUAUACAAAAAA